GAAGACGAACAAGCAGUGAGCGAACAGGCAUAGUGGCAAAGAACAGCUCUGAGCAGACUGAAAUGUCGACAGGAACUCCUGCAAGCACUGACCGAACGUGUGAAGGACCGCAAAUAGCUGCCGAGGACGACGCCGCCGUUGUGCAAACGCUGAAUCAGCGUCCAGCGUGGGUCCGGUUCUUGCUCCCGGCGAGGCCUCGAAAUGCCCUCGUUCGAACUGUUCAGCUGGUCAUCGCCGUGCAAGUGCUGUACCUGGUCAAAGAAGGCGCCAUCACCAUCCUGUCGAGUCGAAGCUCUUCCGCUGUGUUGCCGGGCUACGCGCAGCAGGAAAGGAGACAGAGGAACCGGACCGCGGUGCAGACAACUGCGCCACCUGCCGGAAGAGCGGCUCCUCUGUUGUGCACCGUGGGAUCGCGGUUGCCGCGACAGGCGUCGGUAUUGUACCCCGCGGACGGCCUCUGCACUUGGAUCGCCUACAUUCACGCGCGCUACAAUCCCGCCUCAGCAACCCUCGAACCGACGCCUGAACCCGAAAGCUCACGCGCCUGGUUUGAGCUGCGGCACCGAAUGAUCCUGUACAACAAAACUCGCUGGCUGCCUUCCCUAGAGUGGUCUCACUUUAGGAAGACUCUUGGCGAGAACAUCACCGCGUCCCAGGCGCGCUCGCUGAACCGGACACUGGUCGACAUGAACAUGGCCGGUCUGUCAAUGCUAAACGUGCGCGCCGGAGUCAGAGACCUGAGGCCGCUGAGCAGGUCGUUGGCCACUUUGGCGGGUGCGAACCCAGGCAUGUUCCUGGCCCUCGGCCUCCGCCUGUCGGGACUCGUGGACAGCACGGCCACCAGACUCGUGCCCGCUGAACUCCUGGACGCCCUGUUGACACCCCUGAGCCUGUUUGUGCUUGAGACCCACCUGCCUGUACCGGAAAGGAAGUGCGUCACCGCGCCUCUGAUGCCCCUGUUUCCCUACGGCAGCCAGAAGCGCCCCACGCUUACGUUCCGCGGUGUAAAAGCAUUCUUCUCCCAGCCGGCCAUCAGGUUCAUCCAUCCCAAUGCCACGGCACGCUGCGUGUCGCUGCUGGCCGGUGCCGUGCGCUUCCGUCUGGCUGCCGACGCGCGCCCUGUCGGCAACGCCUCGAGUGCCGCGCCGCCGACCAAGCCUGGCCGCUCCUCGUGGCCCCGUCACGUGCACGUGCCGGGCGAGCCGUGCUACUCGUGGUCCGUGGUCCCGGCGCAGCUCGCCUGCCUCCAAAGCCACGUGGCGUUCAUUCCCGACGCGCCCGCCUGGUACGCCAGCUCGGAAAGCAGCUUCUUCGCCUUCGACACGCAGGAGACCUUCCUUCGCAAGGCCCGACACGUCCUGAUGGAGCACCUCGAAUCCGAGAUGACGACGUGCCUGGCGCUGUACUCGGUUGACCUGGAGGCGCCUAGGGUAUCGUGCCCCAACAUCUUGAGCCGCUAUCAGCCGCUGGCCAUUAACGCCCUGGAUGUGCUCCGACUUCUCCGCCCUUCUCAGCUUGGAGGAGCCUCCGUUUUCUGGAGCCUCUAAUGUUUCUUUAAUUAUUAUUAUGCUUUUCGUUUUUCUCUGUGCGCGGUGGCCUGGACAGUUCGACUCCGCCGAUCACUCUCCCCGGCAGGCGUGGUUGUUCAUUGAUAGAUUUUCUUGUGCUGCCCCAAAGUGCCAGAGUCACUACAGAGGGGACAGUGAUACAUACGUUGUCGGAGCAUACUUUGGCUGUAUAUAAGUACUGUUUUCUCAAUCGAUCAUGCGAUAUAGUGCUGUAGGUUUCUUUUUGUAACAUUCCCGGGUCAUGUUAUUUUGUUCAAUAUCUAGAAGUGUCUCUGUUAAUGUGUCGAGAAGAUGGAUUUUGUAAGCAGUGUGUUUAUUUGUUAGUGAUGAACUUGAAACUGCUAAAACGGAUUGUGGCAAUGUGUUAGCCUCAAGCGAUAAACGGCUCUUGGGUA